AUGCCGUUUGUCGCCAACACGCCCGAGUCGCUGCUCGCACGCUCCGACUCCAAGAACCCCAAGUCGACAUGUCGCGGCAUCACCUCGGCCGGUCGUCCCUGCCGCCGGCCGCUUGGCGCGCGACCCGACAGCACGCACCGCCUGACCGCCGCGCCCGACGACCCCGCGGACGAGAGCCUGUACUGCUGGCAGCACAAGGAGCAGGCGAGCAGCCACUCGGCGCGCUCCAGCCCGGGACCCAAGCCGCCGACGAUCCGCGAGGAGCGCACGAGCCUGGACACGCUGGCGGACCGGCUCGGCCUCGUGGACGUGGGUUCCACGGGACGGCCCGACAAGCCGGGUAGGAGGCCGCACGGGGGGCGGGAGGAGGGGGUGUCGGCUUAUCCAGCGGGCUUCGAGAGCAAACCGGUGCGACACUCGAGGCCGCAGCAGCAACAGAAGAAGAAGAAGAAGCAGAAGCAGCAGCAGCAGCAGACGAGCCAGCUCGCGUUUUGCUGCUGCUUCAGCCUUCCAAUUCAGCAGGUAGAGGACGAACCGGAGGAGAAGCCAAAGCCGAGACCCUCGAACAAGCCAUACCAGCCGGAGCCGAUGCCGACCCAUCAGCCCCAGCGACCGCCUACGAGUCGACCGCCGCCGUACCGGCCACCGUUGCCGUCACCUGCCAAGAGUUCCAGAUCGGACGUUUCGGUCACGGCGCAGCUGAAGCGCCUCAUCCCCAACUCCCUCGACGCCGCCACCGCGGCCCUGCUCAUGGCCGAGCUGGUCCGCCCCAUCACCGAGUCCGACGAGCCGGGCUACAUCUACAUGUUCUGGCUAGUCCAGGAGGCCGGUGCCGCUGAUGGCGACCAGCACCGGCGCGCUCCCGUCGAAGCGGCCCGGUCCCUGCUCGCCCCUCCGCCGUCCACCCCGCGCGGUCGCCGCGCCAGCGACGCCGUCUCCCGCUACGCCUCGCAGUCCUCACCCGGCGGUAGGCGGAAGACGACGAUGCUGCUCAAGAUUGGCCGCGCCGCCAACGUCCAGCGGCGGAUGAACCAGUGGCAGCGGCAGUGCGGGUACGACGUCGAGGUGCUGCGGUACUACCCGUACGCGUCCUCGUCGACGCCGACCCCGUCGCCGGGUCGGCACGGGCGGGGGAGCGACGACGACUCAUCGACGCCGCUGCCGGCGGGGGCGAUGACGCCGCACGCGAAGCGCGUGGAGAGGCUGGUGCACAUUGAGCUCACGGGGAUGGGGCUGCGGGCGGAGAGGGAGACGUGCAAGGCGUGCGGGAGGGAUCACAGGGAGUGGUUCGAGGUGGGCGCGACGAGGGAGGAUGUGAGAAGGGUGGACGAGGUUAUCCGGAGAUGGGUGGAGUGGGAUUGCCGGGAGGAUUGA